UUGCUCGGCUGGCAGGCUGAAAGGUUGAUGCCAGGGAGGCACCUGUCUGCAGGGGGCAACUCUGCUCCAGCCACUCAUGGCCGGUUCCAGGCCACCACGUCGGGCCCUGCCAGGCCUGCCAGCCCACAAGGAACUUGAGGAAGACCCUGGAAUAUGUUCCCUGCUUUUCUGGGCCGUCGCCUGGGUCUGCAGGCCAACGUCAUCGCCUGAUUCCGGGCCACGCCCGUUGCCCAACCACACCCGCAGCCCACGGGACGAUGCUCCCGCCGGCCCCCUCCCUCUGGGCUCCUCCUGUGAUGGUGGGGGGCAGGGGUCGGUCGCAGCCUGUUGCUGGAAGCUGGGAGCAGAUGCUACCGAGUACCUGGCUUCCCAGCAACACGGAAGCAGGCGCCUUCGAAUGCUUCUGUGCUUCCGUGAUGGGCCACGGUUCCCUGUCCGAGAUGGGCAGACGUGCCGAACCUUGGAAGAGCCUUGAGGGGGAAAAGGCUUAGCUUGGCGGAACCCGGGUGGCAGAUGUCACUGUUGCUCGCCCCGAGGCGCAGGUUGGGCAAGUGAUCAAGGUCCCAGAUGGGCUGUGUCAUUUUACGAAUGCGGUCCCUGCCACCACUAGGCACACGCACCCAUGUGCCAAAUCGCAAGAGGUGAUGUCGACCCGCGUGAACGACGCUAUCUACUUAAGUAUACACCAUACUACUAACACAGCAUGAGAUCCAUAUGACACUCCUGCGCCGAAUAUAUACCCAACCUUGGCCACUUGACUUCCAGGCCGAACCCUUGCGUCUUGUUUUUAUAUCUUCCUAGUUUCAAACCUUUCAGCCCAUUCUCUCGGCCCGCCAUCCAUCAUCGCCUUGCCCCCACCCAACUCUCACCACACCUGCGGCCGCCUCACGUCUUGCGAUUGUCCCGCGACCCCCAAGAUUCCUUCAGAGCCCGGAUCCGUCGCAUCGUAUCGCAUCACUCUUGUCAAAACGAAGCUUGGUCGCUAGACGGACUUAAGCUUUCUCACUGGAUCCCGACAAUCCACCGUAUAAAUAGCAGCUUGUGUUUCACGGCCGCAGCCUGGGCCCGCAACCCACCUCUGUAUUGCUUCACGAAUAUACCACAUACGUUUGCUUGCGCGCAACCCUGGCUUAGACGACAAGACUGCCCUCAGCCGCAUAGCCCCUCGACAACGUUGGGUAUUUUUACAUCGCAAGCAGCUGCUGUUUACCGGGCUAUAUCUCAUCAUGCCUGUGAAGGAGAAGAGGUACAAGAAGAAGGUGGUCUACCUCGAACCACCCACCCCUGGCAGCGUGACAAUCCGGAGGAAGAUCACAACGGUCGUGCCCCCGCCCGCUCCGCCUCCAGCCAUCGAGAAGCCUCCGCCACCACCUGUGCUGGCUCUGCCGCCGCCGCCGCCUCCACCGCCCCCAGUUAUUGUGAGGCCGCCUCCUCCCGUUUUCUUGGAGCCGCCACCACCACCGCCGCCCCCGGCACGAGAUGAGAUAGACGUCAUCGCCGUGGACGUCGAGCCGUCCGAGAAGUCCAAGUCGUCCAGGAGGUCCUCCUCAUCCUCCUCAAGCUCGUCGUCCAAGUCCUCCAAGAAAACGAGCCGGAGUCGCAGUCACAGCCACAGCCACUAUGAUGAGCGGGAGCGGGAGCUCAUUAUCGAGAGGGAUCGAUACAUCCCAGUCCCCGUAAGGAGGGAAUACGAGACGUACCGCUACGUCGAGGGACCGCCGCAGAGGAAGUACCUCCCUGCACCUCCCUCUCCGCCGAAGAGGAUCGAGGAGGAUAGGGAGAGGAUCACUAUCAACAUCGAGGACCGGAGGAGGGCUAGGGAGUACUACUACCGUUGAUCGAGUGACGGUCCACGCAUGGACUUGUCGAAGCCCCAACCAUAGCUAUCAGCGGUCUUUUGCUUCUCAGUCGUGUUCUUUCUCUUGUCUCUUUUGUUGUCAAAUGACUCCACGGAUUUAACGAGUUCAACUUCUAUAUGGGACUUCAACGGCGGGGUUCUCUUUUAUUCCAACCUGGGCAAGAUCUCGUAAGAUUUCGGAAAGAUGGAAAUGACAGCGCGGUGUUUGGAAUUUCUGGAGGAUCAAUUUGAACUAUUAUCACUUCUAUGAUAUCCUUGCUUGCCUAUUUAGUCUGAAGGCUAUGCAAUACAAUUUUUUGACUCCUGUAUUCGUCGCCUCAAAUGUCAUCACUUGCUGGCUGGAGUGAUAUGGGCAUCAUGUCAUGGCGUAGCUGCCCAAAGGGACGCCUUGCUGCCCUUUGCUUUUGGCCCAUGAUGGUGAGAUGCGCCCACAGGAUGAGGUCGGCUCCCCAAGGAGCAGUUCUCAGCGACCACUUCCAGGAAGGCAUGCUGUUACCCGGCUAAUUUUUGGCCAACAGCUUCUUCAAGUUCUCCUCAUUGUCGUACUUGGCCAACAGCCGUGCCUUCAGGUCCGCAACCUCCUGCCUCUGGCUCGCAUAGACACCAUCCAGCAUGGACUUGGCCGGCCCAAGAAGAUGAGCAUCGCCCAGGUCCACUAUAUCAAGUCGUAUCAGCAUACUAUGUCCACGUGCACCAGCAGCAACAGCAACAGCAACAGCAUGAAAGGACGACAAAACAAAGACCAAGGAAAUGAGAGGGAGGUGUAAGGGAAAGAAAGAGAUUCGGAAAAAGGGGCAACCUACUAAUCACAGCCAUAAGCAACACGCUAUCCCCCAUGGCCUCGAGCUCGCCGUCGUCGGCAAGCCCGUUCAGGAUCAUCAGCAGCCUCUCAAAGUCCGCGUGGCCCGGCUCCACGACGCACCGGAGCACGGCGUCCGCGCCGCCGCCCACGACGUACUUGUGGUACACCCCGGCGGGCACGACCGGCGGCGGCGCCGCGCCCCCGGGCGAGACCCGCGUGGAGGACCGCUCCAGGAGCUCCAGGUCCGCGCCCUCGUCCCCCGCGGCGGUCGGCUCCUGCUUGGACGAGUGGACCGUGAGGGAGCCCUCGAGGAGGUCAAAGGUCUCCGAGAAGCCUGGUUUUUUUUUUUUUUGUGGGUUAGUUGGUUGGUUGGUUCAACCUGUCAGGGGGUCUGUGGGAGGAAAAUGGUGCCGGUGAUCCUGUAGAAGG